AUGUAUGGUCGUAUCUUCCUUGUCUUCUUUUUAAAUGCUUGUGUCGAGUCAUUAGCUCUAGGGCAUAAUGGAAUGAUAACUCGAUGUUUAAACAGAAGGAAAGAACAAAUAUACAUCAGUUGUUCAGAUGAUCAUGUAAUAUAUCAACCAGAAAUAUUCUUGGGUAUAAAUAAUCAAUCAGAAUGUGGUUAUACAACAGGAGAUUGUACCGGACUGUCGUAUAACCUAUUGAAACAGAAGAAUAAAUGUCAUUGGAGAAAUAAAUGCAAUUUCGGCUGGCGAAGAGGGGAUGUUAUUCUCCGAUCGGACGACCAAAAGUGUAUUGGAACGCUGCCCAAUUAUGUUUCGUACAUAAAUCCAAUGUGUGUUCCGAAAGGUGAUGUGCACAACAUUUGUAGCGGUCAUGAGAAGAUACUAACGUCAAAAUUUGGUAUCAUACGCAGUCAUAGAGAAUAUCCAUGGGCAUAUGGUAGUACUUCUUUAAAAUGUUCUUCUAUAAUAGAUAUUUUACAUGGAUUCCAUCUAACAUUAAAACUUGAUGAUGUCCAAACCCGAAAUGGCGACUAUCUUCUCAUUAGUAAUAUAGUCAAUUCAACGUCAGUGACAAUUUUCAAUGGUACUAACUGUAGUGGAGAUAUUUUCAGUAUAAAUUCGGGAUCUGUAGAAAUUGAUUUCAUCUCACAGCCUGGUGCAACGAUUGGAAGAGGUUUUGUGAUCCAAUUUAAACAAAAUAAUUUUAUUGAAAAAUCAAAGUACAUCAAACCGUAUGCAAAAGCCACAUCAUCCACUGAUGGAGAGGUUAAUGGAAUUAUAGAAGAAUGCAUGAAUCAAAAGACUGAUACAAUAUACAUGACGUGUCCAGCUGAUCACGUGAUCUAUAAACCCAAAAUGGCAGUGGGUGCCAGUAAUUACGGCGUUUGUUACGGGAAACCAGGAGACUGUAGAGGCCAGGUCCACACCAUUCUUACUCGACAGAAUGAUUGUUACUGGAGAUCAGACUGUAGUGUAUCUUGGAAUGGGAACAUACCCAUUACAAUGUUUGCCUUUCCAACCUGCCUUUCGCUAAUGCCGUCAUACGUAACUAUCUCUAAAUUUCAAUGUAUUAGAAAAGAUCAUGUAUUUGAUAUUUGUAAUAAAUCCAAUUGGGAAAUCAAAGCACUUAAGGGUCUCAUCAAAAGCCACAACAUAUAUCCUUGGAAUUACCAGUCAGAGACAAAAACAUGCAGAAUACGACUACAAGUAAAUGCCAGGUUUGGAUUACGACUUUACACUGAAGACUUUGAUUUGGAUAUUGAUGCACGGAAAGAACGAGUCAACAUUUGGCAUGUUACACCUAGUGGUAAACGAAUCAAGAAAAAGAAACUACGAGGCCAACAACAAACAGAAUUGGUUGUUCAAAGCGGAUGUGUUGAUAUUGAAUUUAAAACAUCUAACCAUACUAAAGCGGGUCGUGGAUUUGUACUUGCAUUUGAAAAUUACAUAGAGAUAUCCGAGAAUGAAGGUGAUAUUAUAAGCGUAUCCAAUCAAGACGACUGUGGUGGAAAAGCAACCUUUUUCAGAAGAAAAUCGACUGCGAGGAAAAGAAAAACUAUGGGGAAACUACAUAAAUCAAUUACUAUAAAAAAACGUAAUAUAAAAAUGCAUCGAAUACUGGGAAAAGAUAAUUAUAAAUAUACCUUCAGCCAACCUGGAAAGAGUGCUGAGCUCAAAUGUCCGGAUAAUGAAAUUAUUUUUAAUGUAACACUUACCAGUAAAAAUACUCAGCAUGAUUGCUAUGGGUUGCAAAUAGCAGUUUUAGUUGCAACUUUAAAGUGUUAUUGGAAGAAUGGUUGCAAUAUAACUUUAGGAAAGGAAGAUAUCAUAUCACAGACACAUGGGCCGUCAAACUUGAAGUGUAUCGGUAAAAAACCUGAUGUCAUGCUAUAUGAUUUCUCCUGCAUACCAAAGGCAUUCUACGACAAAUUGUUCCAUAAUAUUGAACAUAUUGGCAAUGAAAAUUUUAUUAUGUGUGGGGAUUUUAACCUAGUUUUAAACCCGGAAUUAGACAGCAAAAAUUAUAAACAUGUUAAUAAUCCUAAAGCUCGCGAAAACCUGCUAAAAUGGAUGGAAACUUAUGAGAUUUGUGGAAUGAUAGUGGGGGAUUUCCCCAAUUAUAACGAUUUUUUAAAACUGUACCCAAGCUUAAAAACAAAUUUCCUUGAAUAUACUACCUUAAUUAAAACUAUUACGCUAUGUACAAACGAAACAUUUGAAGAAAAAGAAAAUGAACCUCUCGUGCUACUACGUCCUUUUAUUCCAUUUCACAUUCAACUAUUGUUCAAUCAAUGUAAAGACGCCGUAACGAAUAGUGUACACCAUACCCAUGCAGAGGUUAAUUCAGCGUAUGGUAUAAUUAAGAGUCAUGAUAUGUAUCCAUGGAACUACGAACCUAAAUCAAAUACAAAUAGUGUCGGUAGUGCAGUAAUUAAAAGACCAAAACGUACUAAGAUUUUGUACAUGAAAUAUAUAAACUAUGAUGUACAUUUUUCCGACAUGGUAACUAUACCAUUUAACACUACUACUGCAGAGCAAUGGGAUCAUGGUUUAAAAGUUAUCAAGAAUACGAAACUUGUUCAUCUUAAUUUCACUGUUUACCCUGGAACGAAAUUUGGUGGAUUCUUGAUAUGUUAUAAGUGGGUACGGUCUACAUCAGAUAAAGACGAGAAAGAUUUUGAAAGUAAACCAUGUUACUCUCAAACCGAAAGUACAAAAGGUCCAGAUCCAACACAUGGAAGUAUUACCGGUCCAAUUAAACUGACCAUAAAGAAACCAUGUAAAAGGCGCAAAGGUUGCAAAAAAUCUUGGCGAAAAUUAAAAUAUUUAAAGUUUGGAAUAAUAGAAUCAAGCGGAAAUGUUCAUUUCAAAUUCACAACUCGAAGGAAAAAGAAAACUAAAGAAUCGAAGGGCUACUUUGAUCGUAGUCGUCCAUUUUAUGUCAAAGCUGGUACACUAAAGAGAAUGAAAGAAAUUGAAAUUGAUGUCCCUGACAAUACACAAAUUUGUUUUGUUUGGGAAGCUACUAAACCUAAUGGAAAACCAGUUGAUUGUUCCCAAAUUGGAAAAGAUACGUAGGCAAGAUCGAAUACGUGAUAAUAUGAUAUUCGCGACAUCAAAACAAGUGGUUCUUCUAGACGUGUUGAUAUUAUAUUGAUUACUUCAUCAAAUAACCGCUUAUUAACUUUUUUUUCUUUCGAUCGAUCUUCAUUUAAAGGCAAUGAUUGGGACUGACGUAUCGUUUUGGGCCUUAACUUGAUAAAUAUAAAUAUAUCCUUCUGAUAUUACCUCCAUAAAUCAUAUAUUCAAAAACGAAUUACUGUCCUUUAUUCGCCUUUGUCAUUGAUUGAUUACUCUGUCUACAGGUCCAUCAAAUACCGAUUCUUGUUUAAUUAGCAUUAAUGAAUUGCCUCUGAGUAAUUGCUUAAUAAAUAUCUAAAGGGUGCUGAAAUUGAAGAACAUUAUAUUUCCAUAUAGGCAUCGAUAAAUACGUAAACAAAUUCUAUAGCAAAAUUGAAAUGAUAAUAAUGAUUUUAGCCUGGCUUGUUUAAUUUGUAAAUUGC